AUGGAAGGUCUUUAUGCAAACUGUGAAGGUGGCUGGGAUAUUCAAGAUCUACCUCUAAAAUAUAACCAAAAUCAGAGUUAUUUUCGGGUUAUUGAAGAAUUAGUACAACUUUGGCCAAAUUGUCGAAUAGUACAUGGAAAACCACGGCAUUCACGGUCUCAGGGCUCAGUGGAGAGGGCAAACCAGGACAUUGAAAAUAAAUUAGCAUCCUGGAUGAAAGAUAACAACUCAACUAAAUGGAGUGAAGGUCUUGGAUUUGUACAGUUUUACAAAAAUAGAUGCUUUCACUCCGGUAUUGGAAGAAGCCCUUAUGAGGCACUUUUUGGUGUUCCUUGCAGGGAUGGUUUAAAUGACCUUCCUGUUUCCUCGGAAAAAAUAAGAAUGUUGAAGAGCGAGGAAUAUUUAGAACUGCUUCUUAAAAACUCCAAUGAUGAAGAUACUCUUCCGAAAGAAUUGAAAAUUCAACAAACAACGACCGAGAAUGAGGAGCAAAAUUAUAUUAUAGUAGAUAGUUUAAAUGAGUUAAGAUUUAAUGAAAAUAACCUUGCCAGUUAUCCUAGCACCAGCACUUCAGAUGAUAUUCUUAUACUAACAAUUGAAGACACACUCAACAAUACAAUCAAAGAAUAUGAUAUUCCAGAGAAAAAUUUAAAUCCAAUUGAAGUUGUAGAAAAUAUUGAGAAUUUACAAAGCUGCACAAUAUGCAAAGAAGAUAAUUUAUGUUCACUUAGUAAAAACAGACAAAAUAUAGAAAAUAUAAGAAAUCAGUGCCGUGAAGCUCAAAAAAGGCAAGCCGAAAAGAUGUUACAGGUUUCCUCUAAAAAAUUUAAGUCUGGAGAUGUUGGCAUGACAGUACGUGUUCCAAUUCCAGACGUCGACAGAAGCCGUUCUGAUCACAGAAAUAUUCUGGCCAUAAUUAUGUGUGUUGAAGAUAAUUUUUAUCGACUUGGUACAGUACAUGGAGUAUUAAAACAAUUAUUUUCACGAAAUCAAUUCGAUUUAUGCAAACAAAAUUCUUUAUCUUUAGAUGAUGUUAAAAAAGACACAGAGAUAAGUCUUAGGAUUGCUGUGAGAAAAUUGUCAGUCUCAGGAUCCACUCAAGGAUACAAUCCUGUUCCAAAAUCACAUAGUAGUAGUUCUGAAUCUGAUGAUGAAAUCGAGAUUGAGGGAUCAUCGUCAGAAGACGAAAUCGUUCAAACAAUAGCAGUGGUAGAAGGAGACUUUGUCAUUGUAAACUGCGACGGCCAGUAUUAUCCUGAAGUAUUGUCACUCAACGAAAAUAAGGUUCAAAUCAGUCACAUGCAAAAAAGUGGAUUAUUUGAUUUUCGCUGGCCUGCAAAACCCGACAUUUUGGAUUACGAUGAGCCGGAAAUCUUUAAAAUUAUCGGUAAACCUCAGCUGGUGAACAAAAGGGGUCAUAUUCCGUUCCAGAAAUGGCUAAACUUUGUUCUUACAAUAAAUAACCAUUGUUCUAAUUCAAUUUCAAUUAUUCGUUCUUUCAUGUAA